AUGGACCCUGAUAUCUUUUGCACGCCCUACGGGGUACCCCCCCAUCCUGCCGGCGUGGGUCUUUUCCUCCCAAAUCCCCACCAGGACCAAAGACCCCCUCCGCCUCCGCCGCCGCCUUCACCGCCGCCGCCGCGUUUCUUCCACGGACUUCCAAAUUUUACCAGCACCAGCACUGUGCAACCCGUUCUCUCGUGCGGCUGGAACAACUGCGACCAGCAGUUCCCGACGAUCGCCGAGCUUAACCUGCACGCAAAGAACAGCCACGCGAGGCGCAUCCCGCCGACCGACCCCACGAAGAGCGUCAGCAAAACCAACACCCUCGCCUGCCAGUGGACGUCUUCUACGGCGAACUGCAAACGCCUCUGCUCGAAACGCAGUCAUCUCGUCGAGCACAUGGACGUGCACGUGCCGUGGGUGCGCUUCGCGUGCACCUUUCCCCACUGCUACAAGUCCUUUGCGAGGAAGAGCACGUGGGAUAAGCACAAGCGGAGCGUCCAUCAUUAA